AUGACAUGGACAGUCUUUCUGUUAGGCUACUUGUUGGUCAAAGUUGUGGCACUGCUGUGCGGCGGCGCGUACGGACAGGAGAUGGAGGGUUUUAUAAUGAUUACAGGGUCCAACGGCUCCAGAGACGAGGAGACGGUCGUUACCGAAGCCCCGCACUCACAGGAUAAAUGCCGGGGAUAUUACGACGUGAUGGGCCAGUGGGACCCGCCGUUCGUCUGCGCGACAAACGAGUAUUUGUUCUGUUGUGGCACCUGUGGCUUUCGCUUCUGCUGCGGCCUCAAGGAGUCUCGUUUGGAUCAAAGCACCUGUACAAAUUAUGACGCUCCGAAAUGGAUGGCGCCGGGUCAUACUCCGUACAAGAAAUCAAAUACGAGCGAUGAUCGGACCAAGGACAGUACAAACUUUAUUGUGUACAUCAUAUGUGGAGUUGUUGCAAUCAUGGCACUUGUCGGGAUAUUUACAAAACUUGGACUGGAAAAGGCACAUCGGCCUCAAAGAGAGAACAUGUCUAGGGCCGUAGCAAGCGUCAUGCAAAGUGCCUGUUCGGCCGAGCACGAAGGAGCCAUCGCAAUGCACGCCCAGCACUACGACACCAUGCAAGCAAGGGCUGGCAAUUUACAGGGUGGUCAGAUGAACAGCAGCGUUCCUCAGCAGCACCCCUACCCGGUGCUGAGCCAGAUCGCGCCCAUGUACGAGCAGCAGCCUGGCAAGGAGCUCAACAAAUACGCCUCCCUCAAAGCUGUCGCGGACAAAGCGAACGGGGACUUCUACAGCAAGCGGCGGCACAUGUCUGAGAUGGCGGCGCCGAGCCAGCUGCCCCUUCACCCAAUCAGGAUGGAGCUCCAGGAGCCGACCGCCAAGUACAUCACCGAGAUACCCGUCCAGAAGCAGAACGGGCAGAAGCCCAAGAGCGGCAAAGGGCACGGACCGAGUUCCGCCGGGAUGGGCUAUAGCUCUAACACUAUGCCUGCCCCGGGCAUGUUGAAGGGCUGGGACGGGACAGAGACAGUCGGCCGACGCAAAAGCUAUGGCCACCGCAAGCCCUGCCCUCCGGACCAGCAGCCCAAUCAGCUCCACACUGCCCGGAGUCACCACUACUUACCCACACAGCCCUACUUCGUCACCAACAGCAAGACGGAAGUAACGGUAUGA